AUGCCCCGGUCCUUACUUUCUCACGAAUACCCAAAACACGGCGCCCCUGGACCCACUCUCCGUAAAAGAUAGAGCUUUUUUCUUUGUUGUGAGUUUUUAAGUUUAUCUCUACCUUUUCCGUAACCUCUACGCAUCAUGUUGAGCACCGUAAAGAGCCUCAAAGUUACUUAUAACCCGGUGAAUGAGGAAAACACGUUCACCAGCGGCGACUGCGUUUCGGGUCAGGUCACACUGGAAGUCGCCAAAGAGUGCCACAUAAAGUCCCUGUUGAUUCAGUUCAAGGGGAAAGCCCGUGUCCUGUGGACCGAGACCUACGGGCAAGUUACUGUCGCGUACUACGCCAAGGACAAGUACUUUAGCAUUAAACAUUACUUUAUUGCAGACAAAGAUUUCAAAGGAGAUGACAACCAAACACUACUGACAAGCCAGGAUGGAGAAACAUACAGCAGUGUUGUGGCCCCAGGAUGCCAUGUUUACCCGUUCACCUUUCAGAUCCCCGGGGAAAAUAUGCCCUCCUCCUUCAAGGGCUCUGCUGGUAAAAUUGUGUACUCGCUGAAAGCCAGGCUGAGCAGAUCAAUGAGGAUCGAUAAGAAAGAUUCAACGAAGAUUAACUUUGUGACGAGAGAAGACAUGUGCAGUGAUCCUGAACUAACAACACCACAGCACGAGUGUAAGGAUAAGGAAAUUAAAAUGUUCUCCUCAGGAACAGUAGCCAUGGACGUGGACAUUGAAAAGACAGGUUACUUCCAAGGAGAGGGAAUAAAGGUUCUGGCCUGCAUUGAGAACAACUCGUCCCGUGAAAUCAGGCCCAAGUACUGUGUGUACAGAAAGCACAGCUUCUUUGCAAGAGGGAGGAGAAGACUUGAUACUAAAGACCUCUUAAAAGAAGUGGGAGAGCCUAUCCCUCCUUCUGCUAGUGUAAAGGUCUCAAGAGUCAUCACCAUCCCCCAUGAUAUGGAGCCCUCCAUCCUCAACUGCAGCAUCCUCAAGGCAGAGUACAGAGUGAGGGUCUACCUCGAUGUCAAAUAUGCCUUAGACCCAGAGAUCAAAUUUCCCAUAGUCAUCCUGCCGGCCGCUCAGGCUCCUGCUAUGGCACCACCACCUGCUGCUUCUGGCUUUGGAUUUGAACCAUUUGGGAACACAGAACCACCAGCAUGGGGCGUACCACCGCAACCAACAGUGGUACCAACAGCACCUCAACCUUUGGAUGCCCCACCUCCUUAUGGAGCAUUUGGAAUGUACCCUCCUCUGACAGAUUUUGGCAAUAAAUAUCAGUGACAGGCCUGUGAAGGAAGUUGAACAAACGACUGGAUAUGUAUCACAAUACAGUGGGUUUCUUUUUACUUUUUUAAAAUGUAUUUGUAUUUGGUAUUCUGGUCAGAGUGAAAGUGUUUGGUGGAAACCACCACUAUAUGCACUCUAUGUUCCAUAGCUCUUUUGUCCUAUGUAAAGGGAAGUGUUUAUGUAUGUAUGUAUGCAUGUGUUAAAAUAUGUCACAUUUCCAAAAUAACUUUACAAAUAGUGGAUCCUUGCAUAAUUUCAGAUACCAGUGCCUUCUAAGCUGCAGGAUUUUGCCCUGUGUGUGAUUCUGUGAAGGUCACAGCAACUCAUGGAGAAAGGAGGCUGCACUUUUUAUAUUAGUGUCUAGUGAGAGAAGACUUGGAGACUGUUACAGUAACUUAAAGGUCCACUGUGUAGCAUAUAGAUAUAUUUGUGGUUAUGGAAUACAGUAUUCAUAGGUUUUUAUUAGUGUAUAAUCACCGAAAAACUAGAUUUGUGUUUUCAUUACCGUAUGAGUUGUCUUUAUCUACAGAGAGAGCGGGUUGAAAAACAGGCAGAGCUUUCCUGUUUCAGAUAGUACUGCAAUAUUUUCUGUAUGAUCUUUGACAACACUCUAAAACACAAAGGUGGCUAAACAGUUUCUAACCAAAGAAACAUGCUGGAAUGCAGCAUAGCAUAGCUCUAACAAUACCUCACAGAAGUCUCAUCUGAAGCGGGUCCUAAUUUAGGUAGACUCACGUUACCAAACGUUUGGAGCGCCUACCAAUCGUCUGGGGAUUUCUAAAUGCAGGGUAGUCAGGUUAUAUUGUGAGAAGCAGAGUGAUGAAUGCUAAGUCAAGAAGUGUGUAUGUAAAUGAUCAAAUGUAACCUAAAGUGUAUAAUCCUCCACUUUGUUGUUUGUGCUGUGACCAAAGUCCUUUGAUUAUAAUUUAAUUGAACAUUUGGUUAUGAUUUUAUGUUGUUCAGUAAAGGUCUGGCAAAACUCAGCAAUAUGUUUACCUCUCUGUAAUCACCUUAUCUUACCUUGUUGGAGUAACAUUUUGUACUUUCAGGAGCGUAAAUCCUUAGUUUUAUGGUAUGCAGAAUUGUUUAGCAAACUGAUAAUGAACUGAGGCUCAGACAAAGGAGUGACUAAAUUAAAAUAACCAGCGGUGGAAGUAAAGCAUUUGAAUAUGCCCCAACAAGUAAAAGUCUUACAUGCAAAAGUAAAAUGUAACCUAUAUAAGUAGUAUUAGCAAGGUGCACUUUUAAAAUAAAGUACUCAUU